AUGGCGAAUUUUUCCUACUCUGGAUUGGUACUGCUCCUGUUAGGAGCAAGUGUUCAGUGCGUGGUAGGCAAUCACUCUCUAGUCUCAUACUCCUUGGAGCAUAAGCUAGAUGACACUGUAGACUGGGUGCGCAUUCCAACUCCGGUUGACAAAUGGAUUUGGACUCAUCGACACUCCGUCGGUGCUAUGAUGAAACAGCAUCGCUCAUCCUUGCCGUCGAUGCGUAUCGAGUUUCUUCUCUAUACCCGGCGUGACACCAGCGACGAAGGGCAUCUUUUGGAGCUCCAAAACGAGGAAUCAUUGCUGAGUUCUAACUUUGAUCCAGAUCGGCCAACGAGAAUCAUCGUGCAUGGUUGGCGAAACAACAAAAACUCCCCAAUUGCGAAAAGCAUCCGCGACACGUACCUACUGCGCUGGGACUACAACGUGAUCGUGGUGGAUUGGUCCUCAUGUGCAUUGCAAUGGAAUUACGUGCGAGCAGUGGGAUGUGUUCCGGUCGUAGGGCAAUCCUUGGGCCAACUGCUCGAUGAACUUCAACAACACUUGGGGCUGGUUAUGGAAAAUGUGUACAUCAUCGGCCACAGCCUCGGAGCGCACAUUGCCGGCAUUGCCGGUAAGCGGAUACAAAACGGGCAGCUGCACACAAUCAUCGCCCUCGAUCCGGCCCUUCCGCUGUUCUCGAUUCGUCAGCAGGAGCAUCGCAUUUGCCACCAGGACUCAAAGUACGUGGAGGUGAUACACACUAACGGCGGUUUGCUCGGGUUUCUGCAUCCGGUCGGGACGGCCGACUUUUACCCGAACGGAGGCACGCAUCAGCCCGGUUGUGGGUCGGAUUAUAUGAUCGGCAUAUGCUCACAUUCGCGCGCUUGGGAACUGUUUGUGGAAUCGUUGCUAGAACCGGAGGACAAGCUGCUGGCCAGCAGGGUCGAUUCGCUGGAUGAGAUUAAGCGAGUCACCGGUGUUCCAGGGCUGGAGCGUGUUAAAAUGGGAGGCGAACCAUCGAGCGCUGGACAAGCCCACGGGCUCUAUUCUAUCACCACGCGCGAUAAAAGUCCAUUUUUCACCUGA